AUGACGGCGGAGGGCCAUAACGUCGAUGCGAACCUUUUGAGUAUAGGUCGCGAUCACGGCCAUUACUUCUCGAAAAAGACAUUUGGCAAGCCGACGUACUGUCACCAUUGUUGCGAUAAAAUAUGGGGUAUGCUAACGCAAGGAUACGCUUGCGAAGCUAUCCGUUAUUUAGUCUGCAACUUUGUGUGCCACGAGAAAUGCCUGAAAACCGUCGUUUCCUACUGUAGCGGGGUAGCAUUGCAACUUAUCAAGAAUCCGGUUGCUCAUACGUGGUCGCAGCCAGGCUUGAUCAAGCGGAAGUUUUGCUGCGUCUGCCGAAAGCGUACCGAUGAAGCAUUGUCGUUAGAAUGUGAAGGUGGGUAA